AAUUGAAUUAGUAAUCAAUUAGAAAUGUCAAUACAAAUGACCAAAAUAUAGGAAUAUUAUUUAAUUUUUGGAUUAAUAAUUUUUUGACUUCAAUAAAUUAGUAUUUUCUGUGUGCUAACCUUGUUCGUUUUUUAUUUUUACAACGCCGUUUCAAUUACAUACUAUAUAAAUUAUUUUAUUUGUAACAAUAUUGCAAUAAUAACAAGAAAAAAUGCGAGCUGCUAUGACUAGAAGAUCAAACGAUGGCUCAAAUGAUGAUGAAUUGGAUAGCCCAUCGGAAGGUAUUGAAACGGGAACAUUAGCAAUUAAAUCUAACGAAAAUAUGAAAAAUGAAUUUAUUUGGUUAAGGCCAAAUCGAAGGCGAUUUACUCCAAUGAAUUCACCUAAAGCAUAUUUUGAGAUAUCAAAAGCAAAAAUAAUGCCACCUGAAGGGGAAGAUGUAACCGUUAAGAGAUAUGUAAUUUAUGAUUUAAUAAUUCAUCAACAAGUAGAACAAAGAGAUCCAAAUCCAGUUUUAAUAGAAAGACGUUAUACAGAUUUCGCAAAACUAUUUUUAUCAUUAAAAAGUGAACAUCCUCAAUUAAUGAAUAAUAUUUAUUUCCCUAAAAAAGUUUUAAUAGGAAACUUUUCUACCGAUUUGAUCGCAGAAAGAAGUUCCGCUUUUGAAUCAUUAUUAGAUUAUAUUAGUGGCUCAACAACAUUAAAGGACUCGAAAUAUUUUGUUAGCUUUUUACAAGAUCAUGAAUUAAAUAAAGCAUGUAUGUAUUUAGAUGAAAGAAGAAAUGAAGUAGCCGUUCCAAUAUUAGAAAAUUGUUUUCGUUUACUUAAUAAAAUUUUUAUGGAUCGUUCUCGACCAGUUUUAUUAUUGUUAUGCCGUUUGGUAGCCGCUUGUACAACAUCUCCUGUACCUCAUCAAUCAGCUGAUAAAUGGGCUGAGUUGGCUUUAAAAAGAUAUGAAGGCGUUUGUGAUACCGAAUUACUUGUUUUGUAUAUACCAUUAUUACAAACCUGUUCCCAUUUAUGGUGGCAAAGGGGUCGAGACAAAAAACUAAUUACGGAACGUUUAAAUGAUAUGUCAAAAAAAGGUAUACAAGUUACAAAUGGACCGAGUCUUACACAAGCUUUACAUUCAUUAGAUCCGAGAACUGAAACAAUUUAAUUUAUUAAACAUUAUUUACUCCCAUAUUGUUCAUAUUUUAGAUUUUUGUUUAAUUUUUUUAUUAGGUAUAUAUAUGUAUGUUUGUUAUAAUCAAACGUUUGUUUUAGUAUAAGACUAUUAUUAAAGUGGCAAAAACUUUUUUUUUAAUUAACUCAGAUAAUUUUUUUAUCUUUACGAUAUUAUUUUUAACUAUUUUAAAAUGUCAAUCAAAAGUAAAAUUUAUUUUUACACCUUAUACCUUUACUUUAAAUUUUAUUAAGUACAGGAGAAAUUAUACGUGAAACUGAUUUUUUUUUUAACUGGUAGUUGUAUUUUCAUUUUUAAACAUUGUAUUUUUGGUUUCGUUUUAUAUCACAUUUUUUUUAUUUAAUGCAUUCUUUAUAUGUUUAUUUUUAAGAUAAUUGCAAAAAAAAUAUUGACUAGAAAUUAAACAAAUUUGUUUUAUUUAUUAAACAAACAUCAAUUUUAAAGUGUAAUAAAAAAUUUUAAAAAAUCUUUUGUAAUAAAGAGUGAAGCGGUUUUGAAAAC